AUGGGUCUCCUGGGGCAUACCCUGGACCCAAUUGCAUUCGAUCUUUGGCUGGGCUUACGGCUCUUGAACUUGGCGAUCCGACACCCGUGCCCAACCCCGACCAAUGACGCAUUUUCAUCGUCCUCGCUCCAGGUGACUUUGUUUCCCUACCGUAACCUCCACAGCCCCAGGUACCCGUCCUCAGAGCCCUUCUUCUCUGCGAUUUCUAGGCACUCGGUGUCUCAGAGUCCUACAUCAUCCUGGCUGGCGCUGCCUAAGACGUCGAUCAGAGGGCGCAACGGCGAGUUUGCCAGCAUCCUCAUAUUCUACCCAACAGCCGGCGAUUACAUAUCUGUCCAUUGCCUGCCUCCCAAAGCAAAUAUCUUCCUCUUCCAAGUCAUCAUCGCUUCCAAAAGCAUCAUCACACUUUCACACAUAGUACAUACAAAAGACCACAAGAGGUCAAACAAGUCCACCAUGCCUCGUUACGCCUCCAGCAAGACCCCCGUCAUCCACCAUGUGCGGGAUUCCUCCGUCUCCUCCUCCUCAUCCACCCGCAGCUCUGGUUCCAUAUCUGCCACGGCAUCCUCCUUCUCUGGCUCUGGCGCCAGCACCCUCCGCGAGUACGACGCCUCGGGCCACUCAAUGACAACGUCCAAGCGAAACAACGUCGUGGUUAUCAACCGCCACGAGCCCGGCUACGACAGGGAUUCCCCGAAGCCGACCUACAGCAGCGGCUACGCGGGCAAGAGGAAGUCGCAUCAGUGA